AUGAUUGCAGAACGUAUAAAUGGGGCAUCUAGCUUAGCUAGUAAAUUCUGGGACUUUAAUUGGUAUAAUCUCCUUGAAGAUGUUUCUGCAGUUUUGAAGCAUAGCAUCAAGACAUACAGAAAAGGUACUGAUUGUAGGAGCAUUCUUGAAGAAUCAAAGAGAGGUGGCACAGUGUUGGCUUGUAGUGAAGUUCGUGAAUUUGAUUAUCGAGCAGGCUCUGCGAAUGUGGAUGUGAGAGAUGUGUACAGUUUUUACAUGAAUGAGAUACACUUUCAUACGCAACUAGAGAAGCUCUUGUCAAUGAGUUCUAUCAGAAAUCUGGACAUUUCUUAUGAGGGCCUUAUGGAGAAACGGAAAAUUAUUAACAAGAUCAUAGCAUUGAAGGAGGAAGAUGAGAACGUGCAGGUGUUAGAGGCUGCAUCUGAGAGUUCCUUUCAGAGCCAGACGAAGGAACGGGCUCUUCAGACAAUUACAAAAGAGAAGCUGUACUCAUGGCUCCUUCAUAAAGUUGUUGAAGGUGGUAAGGGACCUUGUCUAUUAGAUGAACAAGGGCAAGGUGUACUACAUUUAGCUGUUGCUCUUGGUUAUGAUUGGGCCAUUAGACCAAUUUUAGCUGCUGGAGUUAGUAUCAAUUUCCGUGAUGCUAAUGGAUGGACAGCACUUCAUUGGGCUGCAUUCUAUGGCAGGGAGCAGACAGUUGCUGCUCUUGUCUCCCAUGGCGCUUCUCCUGGUGUUCUUUCAGACCCAUCCCCAGAAUUUCCCUUGGGCCGAACGCCUGCUGACCUUGCUUCAGUCAAUGGGCACAAAGGAAUUUCAUAUGAGUAA